CAUAUUACUUGUCCUCAGCAGUCAGCACUCAGCACUAAUAAUUUUUAACGGUUGUUCUAUUACCUAAUCGAAAUAUACCAUGGUUGCGUCAAUGUUUAAGUAAAUAAUAUGUAGUAAACAAAACCAGCUGUAAAUUUUUACCAACCUUUGCUACCAGUAUUUCGAUAUUAACCAAUGUGCGUAUUUCAUAGCAAAACUUACAGUUUUGCAUCUCCUGGCUGCGACUGGCUACGCUAGAUCUUGAAGGUAUAAUUUAUAGUUUGCGGCCACUUACCUCCAUAACCUACUUUUACCGAGUGCCGUUACGUUCUAAUGUGCCACUUUACUCCGAAAUGUCUCCAGAUCAAGUAGUCUCCGAACACGAGAAGCCUCUGUACGCUAUGUUAAAUAUAUUAGACGUAGGGUUUAUGUUCAUAGCGACGUUUACCUUUAUCACCGGGUAUUUCAUAAAACAAUAUGAGAGGCAUCUUCCAGCGUUCAUAAUACAAACGUACAAGUACGGGAGCUUCGCUCACGACGGCGUGGGAGACAAGUUUGUGACAUCCACGGAGAUUCCAAAGGCGUUCUACAAGCAUUUCUAUGCAUUUUCGUCGGUACUCAGUGUGAUAACUCUACUAUACGCGUUAUGUGUUUAUUUUCUGGAUUUUUCUGUGAAUGGCAUCUGUGUUUACAUGCUGAGCCUUCUGCUGGAGCAAGAGAAGCCAUCAGUGUCUGUUGGUGCCGCUCUGCUCACAUUGACAUUAAUAGUCAUACAAAGCUUGAGAAGAUAUUAUGAGACAUUCUUUCUACAAGUAUUCUCUGACAAGGCCAAAAUGAACCUGAGUCACUAUGCAGUUGGAUUUGUUCACUAUUUUGGAGUUAUUGUGGCAGCUAUUGGUGAAGCACCACUCUUUUGUGGUGAACAAGACCGAAGCCAAAUAUUAUGGAUGGAUACAAAGACAAAGAUAUUAGCUUUACCCAUAACAGUUUUAUUUGCUUUAUUGUGGUGGGAGCAGUAUCAGUCUAAUAUUAUUCUUGCCAAUUUGAGAAGAGAUACAUCGGGUGCGGUGGUUAGCCAAGAGUAUAAAAUACCGCACGGACGACUCUUCAAUUAUGUAUCUAGUCCGCACCGGUUCUGUGAAGUGAUGCUAUACUUACUUCUACUCAUUCUGACACCAACCAAGACAUACUUAUUCAUCUUCAUGUGGGUUUUGAGUAAUCAGUUGUUCUCUGCUCUCCUGGCCCACAGCUGGUAUGUCAAGAAGUUUGAAGACUACCCCAAAAAUAGAAAGGCAAUAUUCCCAGGAGUUCUCUAGUCUACAUUCUCCUUUAAAAAAUACUAUUAUGUAUUAAUGCAUAAAAAUUUGAGAAAUGAUUGAACAACAACGGAGAAUUAUUUGUAGUGUCCUAUUUCUCAAUAGAGUAAUAAGAUACUACGAAUAAUAAUAUUGACACAGUAAAGA